UUCUUCGCUCGACCAAUGCCUGCAGUUGAAGCAGUUGCACCCAUACGCGGCGUCACUACUGGCGCCAUGGCACUUAUCCUCAGUCGUUCUUCGAUUUUGUCCUCUCACUUGACUACUGCGCGUGUUACAGUCUUCUCCUCUCGAUUGUUCGCCAAAAAACCCGAAAAAAUCAUGGCCAACCCAAAAGUUUUCUUCGAUGUCGCCAUCAACAACCAGAAUAUCGGCCGAUUGGUCAUGGAGCUCCGUGCUGAUGUGGUUCCCCGCACAGCCGAGAAUUUCCGUGCUCUGUGCACCGGCGAAAAGAAUGGAAUGACCUACAAGGGAUCCACUUUCCAUCGUAUCAUCCCCCAAUUCAUGUGCCAAGGUGGAGAUUUCACCAACCACAAUGGCACUGGUGGCAAGUCCAUCUACGGCAACAAGUUUGAGGAUGAGAACUUCCAGCUGAAGCACACCGGACCUGGUAUCUUGUCCAUGGCCAAUGCUGGACCCAACACCAAUGGCAGUCAGUUUUUCCUCUGCACUGCCAAGACCUCGUGGUUGGAUGGCAAGCACGUCGUUUUCGGUCAAGUCGUUGAGGGCAUGGACCUUCUUAGACAGAUUGAAGCUUGCGGCGCGUCUAGCGGCAAACCAGUCAAGCCCGUCAAGAUCCUCGAUUGCGGUCAGCUGUAGAUUGCAGACCUAUCGAAAACGGCGCCGUGGCUUUCUUUUGCCCUCUUUAAGUUUCAGCAUUAUGUGUUAAUUAAAAUCUGGACCCUACCCCUUGCUAACCCUCAAUUUUUACCUUAGUAAUCCGCCUUUUUGCCGGUUCCCUUUACUUAGCUACAACACAAAUCAUUCCACAUGAAUGUCGUGAAACAAACUGUGGCAUAAUCGUUCCCUUUACGUGUCGUACUCUUUACAACAUCUCCAUGGAGGCGUCCGUUUAAUCUGAACAAUACAUGGCGAUAAUACAAUAAUCAACCUUG